UCCGGUCUUUCGUCAACUUGAACAUUUUUAAAAACGUAUUUUUUAAAACUUUUAUAAAUUCGCCCCAAAAUAUUCGGCAAGUGCUUAUAAAUUUUCAAUGUCUUCGUUUACGAGGGAGUUGUGUGAUCUUUGCCGGCGAGUCAAAAUUCGCGUUAAGCACAGGAUCUCCGAGUUGAAUGCUAAGAAGGACGGUUUAAAUCGUUAUUCACAUAACUCGUACGGUAUGCAAACCAUUAAGUGCGUGGUCGUUGGAGAUGGCGCUGUGGGCAAGACGUGCCUGCUGAUAUCGUACACAACCAACAAAUUUCCAUCAGAAUAUGUGCCAACUGUAUUUGACAAUUAUGCGGUGACAGUGAUGAUCGGCGGUGAGCCGUAUACGCUGGGAUUAUUCGAUACAGCCGGUCAGGAGGAUUACGAUCGACUGCGUCCGCUGUCAUAUCCGCAAACGGAUGUGUUUCUCGUCUGCUUCUCGGUGGUCAGUCCCAGUUCAUUUGAGAAUGUCAAGGAGAAGUGGGUGCCGGAGAUAACGCACCAUUGUCAAAAGACGCCGUUCCUGCUGGUGGGCACACAAAUUGAUUUGCGCGACGAGACAAGCACAUUGGAGAAACUGGCCAAGAAUAAGCAAAAGCCAAUCACAUCCGAGCAGGGCGAAAAACUGGCCAAGGAGCUGAAGGCGGUCAAAUAUGUCGAGUGCUCGGCCCUCACACAGAAGGGCCUGAAAAAUGUAUUCGACGAGGCCAUAUUGGCCGCCCUGGAGCCGCCAGAGCCAUCCAAGAAGAGGAAAUGCAAAUUCCUCUAAUUAUUUUUGUUUCUUUGUUGUUUUUCGGUUGUUUUUUUUUUUCUGCUUCGCUCUCAACAACAACAACAAAAUAAUACACCCCCCAAAUACUAUAUAUAACUAUAUAUACGAUACAUGUAUGUAAAUUUUCUGUCUUAUUCUUUUUAAAUUGUCCUCUUCAAUUUAUACACGCUUUUAAACAGUUUUACUGUCCCCUGUUACCCCACACCUCCCUCCCCCACCCGCCCCCUCCGAGCCCCGUCUCCUUCGGCCGCUACCCAGUGCGCUCAGCCCCAAAGCAAAAGCACAGGCAAAAUUCUUUUGCCAAUCCUUAAAUUUGCAAUUUGGCAAUAAUUGUAUUUAAUUUGAUUUUAAUUUAAAUGUAUUCUCUACAUUUUCGCAAAUCAAAAUUCCGCUUGCGCGCCGCUGCACCGAGACCCUUCAAACCCUUCCAUCUUAAUUCUUUUGGCGCGAUUUCUUAUAAGAAAAUAAAUGGAAAAAAUUAAGCAAAAAAAAACAAAACAAAAACAACAAUAACAAUAUAGCAAAACAAAUUAUUUAUAUAUUCAUAUAUACAAAAUUAAGAGAAGGAAUAGAAGAAAAAAAAACAAAACAAACCAGAACAAAACUGAAAACUGCAAUUUUGUGUUUUGCAUAAAUAUAUAUAUGUGUGUAUAUACAUAUAUAUAAAUAUAUAUAUACAUAUAUAUAAAAAAAAGAAAACAACCUAAAAAUAGGAGAAAAAAAAAACAGUGUGAAAAAGGAACUGCUCGCAGCAAUAGAAAACAAAGCGAGCAGGCAACAAAUAUGAUAAAUAAAUAAAAGUAAUAAUAUAUAAAAACACAAAUAAUGCAUAUAUUGAGCAAAAUAAAUAUAUAAAAUACA